AUGGAUCGAUUUCAGAGGAAACUGAGGCGACUGGCGGGAAAGAAGAAGGCCGGAGAAAAGAGUAAGACGAAAACAACGCAACUCGAACCCCCGACAGGUGGGCAAGCGGGGAAGUCCGAUGCAGCCUUAUCCACGCAGUCCACCGCUACGCAACAAGAUGAGCCGAGAGAUCUAUGGGCAGAGGCCUACCAACAACUGAGUCCCAGAGAGCAAGAUAUUCUUCUCAAAGAUGAGUCCGCUGGCCCGGCUUACAAGCGCGGCGACAUAUCGCAAGAAAAGAGAAUAGUCAUCACUAGGUUCGAUGGGCGGGAAAUCAGCGUCCGCGACACUUCUGUCAGGAUCCUCAACGCCGUCCUGUCCUAUCGAGAUAUAGUCAGUGCAGCCACAGCAUUUGACCCCACUGGUCUCGCGACAAAGGUGUGGAGGGUCGUUUCGCAGGGACUAUCGAUAGUCAAGAACUACUACGAUCUGCAGGUCGAGCUUUUUGAAUCCGCCGAGUUCCUCGCCGAUAUCCUUGCGCGAUAUGCCCUCAUAGAGAAGCAAGUUCCGGAAUACUGCCCCAACACCAGAGACGGAGUUGAAAGCACCAUUAUCCGGGUAUAUAGAGCGAUAUUACAGUACACGGCAGAGUCUCGUUCUGCUGGAGAGUCGUUCUCAGCAGCACGCAUCUCUUCGAUAGCCACCCCAUCGACAGAACAUCAGCUUCGGGUUCUUCGCGAGACAAUAGAAAGGGAGCAGGAAACCUUUGCCCGGUGGGACCAACUCGAUCAGCGUUUAGCCCAUAGAGCCGAGGCUGAGGCGCUCUUGAGACGGCUGGGUGAUAUUAUGGCGCCAGUCAACGCGAUUCAUGAAGAUCAUGCCCUGGCUAAACUUCCCGUGGCAGAAUACGCGUCCUUUGAUUCCUCGUCUCUGGAUUCCACGGUAGAUGAUGAUGAAUUUGGGUGUCUACCAGGCACUAGGAAAGAUCUUCUCAAGCAGAUAAUGGAGUGGGGAUUGUCUGCCCCGAGCACACCGUGUAUCUAUUGGCUAAAUGGUAUGGCCGGGACAGGCAAGUCGACUAUUUCUCGAACAGUCGCCCGCAAUUUCAAGGAACGAGGUAUGCUUGGAGCCAGCUUCUUUUUCAAGAGAGGUGAGGGCGACCGUGGGAAUGCGAAGAAGCUCUUCACCACUAUCGUACGGCAGCUCGUCCACCAUCUGCCGGACAUGAUUCCUCGAGUGAAGCAGCAAAUCGAAAAGGAAUUCAGCAUCUGCACCGGCUUGCUCCAGGAUCAGUUUAAGAAGCUCCUCGUCGAGCCCUUGAACGAUGUGGGGAAGGACUCAACGAGGAUUGUAGUCAUCGUUAUUGAUGCGUUGGACGAAUGUGAUGGAAAAAAUGACGUGCGUCGGAUAAUCAGCCUGUUGCCCGAAGUUCAAAACAUCAAAACCGUGCGACUCAAAAUAUUCUUGACCAGCAGGCCGGAACAUCCAAUCCAGCCAAGUUUCCGAUUGAUGUCCAUCGACUCCCACAAGGACUUUGUCCUCCAUGAGAUCGAGAGUGGCGUGGUCAAGGGAGACAUCGAGAUAUACCUGAGGCACAAGCUUGGACGGAUCCGAGAAGAAAACUCCAUUCGAUCAGACUGGCCCGGAGAAGCCAACUUGCAGGCACUUGCGGCAAUCUCAUGCCCCUUGUUCAUCUCUGCAGCUACAUUUUGCCGGUUUAUCGACACGAUACAGUUCAAGCCAGAGAAACGCCUCAUGGACCUUCUCCAGGGCCAGAAAAAGUAUGCGAGCAGGAUGGGAAAGACAUACCUGCCGAUCCUCGAUCAACUUGUUGCUGGGGCGGACCCCGAGGAAAGGGUACAGAUUCUCCAGGAGUUUCAAGAUAUUGUCGGCGUCAUCAUCCUUCUCGAAACACCUCUAUCGCUAAGAUCUCUCGCUACUCUUAUCUGCUUACCGGGAAAACUCAUCAGUGAAAUGGAGGAAAUCUUAGAGACUCGAUUGAAGUUGCUGCAUUCCGUCCUGAGCAUUCCUGCUGACCCCCUGCAUGCCAUCCGUCCGUUGCAUCUGUCCUUCCGUGACUUCCUGCUCGACUCCUCUCAAACAGAGAGACACCAGUUCUGGGUGGAUGAACAGGAGAUGCAUGGUAAAAUUGCGGAUUAUUGCAUCAGGGUCAUGGAGUGCCUGAAGAGAAACAUAUGCAGCCUGCCGGAUUACGCUGUCGAACGAGCAGAUAUCGGAACAUCUCUAAUCAAAGACCACAUUCAACCCGACCUAGAGUAUGCUUGCCGGUUUUGGUCCAUCAUCUAG